AUGUCAAACAAUACUGCGCCGACACCAAAUCGAAAUUUUUAUCGUCGACCUCUUCCAGAAACAUGUAUUGCUUUCUCGUCGGAUCAAGGAAAGGAACUGUUUAAGGAAUCGUUGUUGGCUGGCAAUUUGGUCUGUUAUUUCAAACUAGCUUCACAAUUCAGAACACAGGAUGAACCUGCCUUCUGUGGUUUAUCGACGCUAGUAAUGGUUUUAAACGCAUUGGAAAUAGAUCCGGGACUAAUAUGGAAGGGUCCUUGGCGGUGGUAUCACGAAAACAUGUUGGACUGCUGUACACCGCUACAAAUCGUGGAACAAAAUGGCAUCAAUUUGCAUCAGUUCAUAUGUAUAGCUUCUUGUAAUAAUUUAAAUGUGAUUUCCACACCAGUUGAUGAAAGUGUGGAUAUAACGCAAUUCAGGGAAACUGUAAGACAUUAUACGCAACAAGACGAAAGCUUUCUGGUAGCGUCAUAUUCAAGAGCAGUCUUAGGACAAACUGGUGAUGGUCACUUUUCACCAAUAGGUGCCUACCAUCCAGAUCGUGAUAUGUUACUAUUAUUAGAUACAGCUCGAUUCAAAUACCCACCUCAUUGGAUACCAAUGGAGUUGUUUUUCUCGGCUAUGAAAGCUCAUGACAAAGAAACUGGUCAACCGAGAGGUUAUAUGAUACUGAGUAAACAGAAAGAGAGGAGUCCGAUGGUGUUG